AUGCCGCGGCUGCUGCACCACGUGGCGGAGACGACUGUACGGCACACGAGCAGCAAGCGAUAUGCCGUGUCGCUAUUCGCCGAGUGCGCGCGCACGUACGGCCAGCAGAUGGCGCUGCACGUGCCCAAGGUGCCCAAGGCGUCGCAGGAGGGGGCGUUCAAGGCGCUCACAGCAGCGCUGGGCGGCGUGCACCGCCCGCUCGCGCUGCUGCAGCUGGCAUGCGACCUCUGCCACCUCGACGCCUCGCUCGCCAAGUUCCACGCCAAGACGCUGCUGCGCGCGGGCAAGGAGGUGCUGCGGGGGGCGGCGUCCGUGGAGCACCGCCUGUACGCCGUGCGCCUGCUCAAGGACGCCAUGCGCAGGUGGGGUGCUCAAGGACGCCAUGCGCAGGUGGGGUGCUCAAGGACGCCAUGCGCAGGUGGGGUGCUCAAGGACGCCAUGCGCAGGUGGGGUGCUCAAGGACGCCAUGCGCAGCUUCGCACUGGCCUCCUGGUGCCCCUCCCCCGCGCCCCCAGCAGCUGCAGUGCGGCGGUGUUUCAGGCGGAGCUGAGGGACGUGGUGGCGCUGCUCAGGGAGGCCGCCAACCACCCCAAGCUCAAGGCAGACGCGCUCGCAGCCGGCAAGGCCAUCCAGGACAAGAAGAAGCACUGCCCCAGGUCGGGUGCCGCCUCAUCCGCCACCAAGGCAGCAGCGCGCUGCCGCCCCGACGCUGCCACGCGCACGCCACACGCCCACCCCGCUGACGAUCCUCGCCACGCAACGCCCGGUGCGGGCAGCAGCAGCAGCAGGAGCCACGCAUGGAUGGGUGGUGAGAGCGACGAGAGCAAGGCGGGUGAGGGGCGGCAGCACGGGUGGCAGCAGGAGAGGCAGGCAGAGGGCGAGGGAGAGGGGCCCACGUCGCCCACGCACUCUGCUGCCUCCUCCUCUGCUGCCCCUACUGCACCCCUUCCACUCGCCCACGCCGUGCCUGCACUCGCUGCUGCACGAGCCGCCUCACAGCCUUCAGAUCCGCCUCCCAGCGACCCCACUCUCUACUUCACCCCCCUGCCCGCCCUGCCCCUCCAAGCCUCCUCGCUGCACUCCUCCACACUCGCAGCAGCAGCAGCAGCAGCAGCAGCGCCGGCAGCAGCAGAAGCAGCGGGGACACAGGGAGCAGCAGAAGCAGCGGGGACACAGGGAGCAGCAGUGUCAGAUGUGUCUGCAGCCUUCCAGAGUCCGCCAAGGCACUUCAUGUUCACAGCCUUCCAGGCGCGGGGGGGUGCAACCUUCACGUCCACGGCGGUGCACGGCAGCGCCCUCUCCGCCACGCCGCCCCCCUCCGCGCCCUACUCCGCUCGCUCCCCCCCCUCCCUCUCACACCUCGGCCCAUCACCCUCCCUCUACCUCGGAGCCGGCUCCACCCAAGGCAAAGCGUUUGUGUCCCCAGGCCAUGCUGGCAGUGCUGAGAGUCCAGAGGACAUGCGGUCGGUGCGGCGGCGGGUGUUUCAGGACGACGCGGUGCCACGGGAUGUGCCGCGGGAUGUGCCACGGGAUGUGCCACGGGAUGUGCCACGGGAUGUGCCGCGGGAUGUGCCACGGGAUGUGCCACGGGAUGUGCCGCGGGAUGUGCCACGGGAUGUGCCGCGGGAUGUGCCACGGGAUGUGCCGCGCAGCGCCUUCUCGCCUCACCUGCUGCCCUUUCACUCCGCUGCCAAGUCGUUUGAGUCGAAUCCAGCGCCGCAUGAGUUGAGUGAGCAGGCAGCAGCAUUGAGAGGCGGGGGGGGGAGAGGAGGCAGGGCGGGUGGGCAUGGAGAGGGAGAGCAGGCGAAUGCCGGCGCUGGGGGUAGUCAAGAGAGGACAGGUAGCGGGCACAAGCCCAUGGGGCGGGCUGCUGCUGCCAAUGGUGGUGGCAAGGGUGGACGGGAGUGGAGCCCCACGAGUGAGAGCAGCAAGGGCAACGUGAGGAGCAGCCUGUCACCCAGCUCCAGUGGCGAGGGCCGUGAGGCGCUGCGAGGCAAGCCCAGGUCGCCACACAGCCGCGGCAACUCGCCCCUCUACGAGCUCGCUGCCGCCUUCGUGCGCGCCCGCAAGUCGCCCGACCUCUCCGGCAGGCUUGGCACGUUCAGCCUCACCUCUGGCAGCCCUGACCAGCUGGGGGCUUACCGCCUGGGGGGCAGCAGGAUGGCGGGGGGGACGCUGGGGGGUGGUGGUGGUGGCGGAGGGGGCAGAGGGAGCCCCAUGCGCAUCACUCUCUCAGGUGUGCUGUGCCCCAUGCGCAUCACUCUCUCAGGUGUGCUGUGCCCCAUGCGCAUCACUCUCUCAGGUGUGCUGUGCCCCAUGCGCAUCACUCUCUCAGGUGUGCUGUGCCCCAUGCGCAUCACUCUCUCAGGUGUGCUGUGCCCCAUGCGCAUCACUCUCUCAGGUGUGCUGUGCCCCAUGCGCAUCACUCUCUCAGGUGUGCUGUGCCCCAUGCGCAUCACUCUCUCAGGUGUGCUGUGCCUCAUGCGCAUCACUCUCUCAGGUGUGCUGUGCCCCAUGCGCAUCACUCUCUCAGGUGUGCUGUGCCCCAUGCGCAUCACUCUCUCAGGUGUGCUGUGCCCCAUGCGCAUCACUCUCUCAGGUGUGCUGUGCCCCAUGCGCAUCACUCUCUCAGGUGUGCUGUGCCCCAUGCGCAUCACUCUCUCAGGUGUGCUGUGCCCCAUGCGCAUCACUCUCUCAGGUGUGCUGUGCCCCAUGCGCAUCACUCUCUCAGGUGUGCUGUGCCCCAUGCGCAUCACUCUCUCAGGUGUGCUGUGCCCCAUGCGCAUCACUCUCUCAGGUGUGCUGUGCCCCAUGCGCAUCACUCUCUCAGGUGUGCUGUGCCCCAUGCGCAUCACUCUCUCAGGUGUGCUGUGCUGUGCCCCAUGCGCAUCACUCUCUCAGGUGUGCUGUGCCCCAUGCGCAUCACUCUCUCAGGUGUGCUGUGCUGUGCCCCAUGCGCAUCACUCUCUCAGGUGUGCUGUGCUGUGCCCCAUGCGCAUCACUCUCUCAGGUGUGCUGUGCCCCAUGCGCAUCACUCUCUCAGGUGUGCUGUGCCCCAUGCGCAUCACUCUCUCAGGUUGUCUCGCUCGCCCCUCCUCCUCCUCUCCGCUCCCUCAACCACCGCCUUCCACUCGCCACCUUCAUCGCCUCUCUCCACUCCCCGCAUCGCUGCCCUUUUCCAUGCACCCCACAGACUCGGCCAUGUCCUCGGACUCCGCCCACGCAGGGCUCUCCUUGGAGCGCGCGCACCUCUUCACCUCGCCCUUGGCCUCGCCGCCCUUGCACGCACAGGCAGCAGGCAGCACGCAGGCGGGCAGGGCAGGGGGAGUGGGGGAGGGGUCAGGGCAGGCGGGCUUUCUGCUGCACCUGCCCCCGCAUGCACGCACAGGCGCCAGUGCACAGGGCGGCAGCAGCAAUGGUGGCGUGGGCAGCAGAUCAGUGGGUGGCGGUGUGGGCAUGGGCAGUAGUGGGGUGUUUGUGCGGCUGAGUGGGGAGGUGGACAAUUGUGUGGGGGCUGCACAGGCGUCAACGGGCUGCAAGACGGCAGGGGAGGGUGGGGAUGGUGACGGCAAAGGGGCCGUGCUGGUAGCACACUUGGCUGUGCAGGCAGAGAACACGGGGGCCCAUGGGAGUGCCGCGGAUGGGAGCAUAAGCAGGGAGGGGCCAUGUGAGUCAGCACAGGCGUCAGCAGCAGCAGGCAGUUGUGGUGGCGGGCGCAGCAGGGCAGGCGAGCAUGGUGGCGAGGGCAGUGUGGAGGGCAGCAGUGAGUGCGAGGGGUCGUCGGGCUUCUGCCGCCUCAUCUCCGACGCUGAAGUCGCCUCCGCGCUCGCCAGCAUGCGCGCCACUCACGCCCUCUCCGCCCUCAGCAACCCCUCGGACAGCGGUAAGGACGGCAGUCACAGCAGCAGCGCCACCAACGCCCACCGCGCCACUCUCCCCAUGGGCUCUGCGCCACCAGCGCUGCACCGCACGUCUGAGCCGCCCCCGCCCUCCCACGCCCAGCCUUCCGCACCCGUGCUCUUUGCCCCGCCUCCCUCCCUCCCAGCCAGCAUGCACCUCGCCCCGCCCUCCCAGCCCGCGGAGCAGCAGUUGCAAGGGCAGCAGGAGAGAGGCGCAGGGCUAGGCCAGGUGUGCAGAGGGGAUGAGGGAGAGAGUGAGGAGCGGGGGGGAAAGGGGCAAGGAGAGGGGCGGGAGGAGGUGAGUGGGUUUGGCGCGAGCUGCCUGUCACCUCCGGGCAGCAUUGGCCGGUGGACGCUGCAGAGUAAACCGCCCCCUCCCAUGGCCCUCAUUAUGGACGGGGGGAGUGGCGUGACGUCAGCACGGGACAGUGUGGCAUCAGGAAGAGGCAGUGCCACGUCAGCGCGAGGCGGAGGGGAGGUGCAGCAUAUGGGCAGCUUGCAGUCGCUGUGUGGUGGUGUGCGGGCGAGCAGGGCAGGGGAGUCGACCAGCAAACAGCGAUAUGUGAACACUCCGUACCACCUCUCCCUCUCCUCCCCACUGCCCCUCCUUCCCAACUCUCCUCCUCCCAACCGUCCCUCUCAUUUACACCUAUCCUUCUGCUUCCCAUCGUUCACUCUCCUCCUACACGCGUCCCCCAUCCGCCCGGAGGACCUGGAGUGUCCGGUGCCGCUGGCAGCGCUGGCGAGGAGUCUGCAGCACACGCCGCUCACUGGGGACGAGGUGGACGUGCUCCCCCCGCCCUCGCCCCACCGCACCACCCGCACUCCCACCGGCUCCCAGGCCGCCGGUGGCAGCAGCAGCACUGCGCUCACCACGCCCACAGCAGGCAGCAGCACGAGUGGCAAGAGCGGGUCUCCUUCUUCCCACAUGAGUGGCGCCAUGGAGUGUGCGCGGUGGAGCAUGCACCACAACCCCAUGGCUGCCCACCGCCUCACAGGUGACGCGCCUCCCAGCAGGUUCGGUGUGCGUGGACUUAGUGUGAGUGGGGAACAAGUGGCAGACAGUGCUGCGGUCAAACCUGCACCUGCCACUGCCACUGCCUCUGCUGAUGCUGAUGCUGAUGCUGGUGAUGCUGUGAGUGGUGGUGCAGGCGAGGGCGCGUGGGAGGAGGAGGUGCAGCAGGAGGUGAGGGUGCUGGAGGCCAGUGAGAGCGAGCAGCAGCAGGCCGUGGCACAGCUGGAGCAGUACGUGGGGGAGGUGGGGGAGGGGAGGGGCGACGACAGCGAGGGAGGUGCAUGUGGUGAGGAGGUGGAGGGAGGAGAGGAGCUUGGAGGGAGAGGCAAUGCGGUGGGGGCUGACACACAGGGGAGGGAGGGCGCAGGGGGGAAGGGAAAGGGCACAGGGGAGGAGUGUGAAUCAGUGAGUGGGGCAGUGGGGGUUUGGGCGAAGGUGAGGCAAGGAAGCAGCGAGGCGUGCAGCGGUGGUGAGGUGCGUGCUGUGCGUGCGAGUGUGAGUGGCGGUGGUGGGGGGAUCAGCAGUGGUCACAGCAGACAGGCAGAACGACAAAUGUUGAAGGGAGAGAGCUGCGAUGGGGACUUGAGCCGCGACACCACUGCUGGAGACAGCGACACGGAUGGGGGUGAGGGGGAGGACGGAGAGGAGGGGGGAGGCGAGGUGGUGGAGGGGAGGGGAGUGAGGGCGUGGGUGGUGGCGGCGGUGACAGCAUUGGAGAGGGCGGUGGAGGGGGUGCUGCAGAUGGUGCUGCUGGCUGCCGUGGUGCUGCUGCUGGCCCUGCUGGGCGGCAGGCUGGCAGCCGUGGUGCACACUGAGGGUGGUGAUGGGGAUGACUUCGUGCCCACCUAG